AUGCUUGCUGCAGCAGUACGCCAGGCAGCUGAUGAACAGUCAUUUGUGCCCGUUCUUCUUCUAUCUGAGUUGGAUGUUACAAAAUGUAGUCAAGCAGAAUUUGUCCAAAUUCUGACCUAUUUCGAUGAAAUCAUUGCUAGUUGUCCAUCGGAUCAAAAAUCAACCCAUAUCGAGCAAGUCUAUCAUCGAAUGCUGCAACUUUUAUCGCAAAAAGUGGCACUUCCUUCAGAUAAAAGUACAAGAGUAAUCAAUCAAUUCAAUGUAUAUCAUCCAGAAAUGGCUAUUUUAACAUUGGAUGAUUUAAAGAAAUUCAAUAUUCAAAUGGAAAAACGUGCAGUAAUCAUUCAUGUCGAUUUAAGUGCAUCAAUGGAUGUAGCUGGUUUCAAUCCUCUAGUCAAAACUAUUAUAGAUUUAGGUACAAAAUUACAAAAUCGAGGUACUCAAGUUCAUGUAUACUUAUUCGGUGAUCGUAAACAAGAGGCAAUUCAUGUCAAUUUUGGUGGUCGAUUACUUACAUUGAAUGAAUUUGCUAAUGGAAACUACCGGCCCGACGGUGACAAAACUGCUGAAUUAGCUUUUCAAGAUCAAUGUCGAACUGUGUUCUUUGUUGCACCACCAUGGUCCCCAUUGGGUGUCGAAGAAAAACAUGCUAAAGCAAUAGCAUCCAGUGUUCAUGCCAAUGUUCCUUACAUUGGUAUUGCUUCCGAAAAAUAUCCACAAUUAGCAACUAUUGUCGAAGAAUUUCUAAAUGAACAACAGUUUUUUGCUCGUCUACUCGGAUAUACAACUAUUGGUGGUUACACAAUUCCAUCGAAUCUUCUUGCAUCAACUCGAAUGCUGGAAACUUUCAAUUGCUGUUAUGAACAAGGUGAAAAACAAAUGCAAGUUUUGAUUAAAAAAAUUCUUGGUCUCUUUCGAUAUUUGGAAGAAACGGCUAAACUUAAUUUUGAACGAUGUAUUCGAGGAGAUGAAUUUCGAAAUUUAAUGUCAUUAGUAACACCAUUGAUUAAAAUAUCACAAAGUCAUUUAGAAACCAACAGUGCUUGUCAACAAUUGUACGGAUAUUUAACAAAAAUAUUAGAUAAUUUUGGGCAAGAAUAUCAAAAAUUAAUCAAAAAUGUUGCCUAUGAUCCAAAGGUAAAAGCAGAAUUGCAAAAGUUCUGGGAUGAUGCAAUGAGUUUCAGUGAACGAGCAAUGAUUAUCGAUGAUAAUGAACGAAAAUAUGGAAAAUCUGUCGCUUUCUUCAACGUACGAAUAACUAGUUUGACUUGCACAAGUGAAAUGUUAUCUGAAGCAUUACAACAAUUGAAAACUCUAUAUUCACCAGAAGAUGCUGAUCGUUUAUCACUUAUUCUUGAUAUUUUAUCCGUUUCAAGAAUUGAUGAUCGACCAACUGUAGCUCAAGAAGAUUUGAAUAUUCUCAUUUGGAAAAAACCAAAUGGUACUGUCGAUCUCUUAUCUAUCCUACGUCAAUUACCAAUCUGUCUUCAACAAUAUCAACAUUCAAGAGACAUGCCAUUAGAUCGAGACUGGACAUUACAGCCAUUAGCAGCUCUUCGAUUAGCUUGGGUCAUGGAUGCAUCUGGCAGAACUUUUCCUGAUUUUAUUACACAAGCUUUACCAGGUUUAGUUGUACAUAAUAAAUAUUUAACUGAUCUAGAUCAAGAUGAAAAUCGAUCUGCAUUUUGGAUGAAAAUUCUUCAUGAACUUGCUCCAAAAAUAAAUCUUUCAGCUGAAGUUUUACAAUCUAUUCAUCAAAUCUUAACUGUUCAUGUUUUAAAAGGUUUUCUACUACGAUUGGCCGAUAGUUCGAUUACUUAUGAGAAACCAGUUUAUGGAAAUGUUUCACCAUAUAUUGAUACAGAUACACCAAUGGCUUGGUGUAUAUUUGUCAAUGAAAAACUCGAUCGAGUCGAUGCUCAAACUGGUCAAAUCAUUGAACGAAUAGCAUUUGUCACAGAUAAACACGAAAUCGAACGAUGGUACAACAUCAAUCUUCGCAAACAUGGUGCUGUAAUUCGACCACGAUAUUUAUCCAAACAAGAGUAUGCUAAUUUUCCAGAUGAUGCUAUCGAACUCUACAGUACGUGUACUCGAAAAGAUGUUGACAUUCUUCGUGAUCAAUUGGAAGAAUUCGGCAAAGGUUCUUACUCAUCUGAUCAAAUCAAUGCACAUAUCUAUACUAUUCGAGAUCGACUUAAAACCAUUCCAUGUGUACUCUGGGGGUCGCAAGCACAAACACAUGAAACGGUUACUGCAGCCAAAGCUGCCUGUCAAGAUGCUACUAUUCCAACUGAAAAAGUAAUCAUAAACAUUACUAGAUCGAUUAUUAUUGAUUAUUUAAUCUCACAUUGUGAUGAUCGAUUUGUUGCUGGAGCAUUACGUGGAUUCGGUGAAUAUGCACGAGUAGCUAGUCAACAAGUAUCGGCUGGUAUUAGUGAAUUGGAUUAUGCAAUUGAAUGUGAACAAAAGGCGAUGACAGAGGAAAAUUCUGUGCAGAUUGUACCUUUCAUUCAUCUGGAUAAACCUGGUGUUCAAGAAUAUUUAGAAAAUCAACAUAAAAAAAUCACACUACAAUUACGUUCGGUCACAGCUCGUCCACAAUUCGAAAGUUUAUUUGUAUUGCUUCAGAAGGCUAAAAUAACAGUAAAUGACGAUUCACUUUCAAGUAUG